AUGACUCGCGAUGCAGUCGCGCAGGAUGCUUCUUUUGCCAUGGCUACGGUCUCAGAACGUUCUGUUGCGUCCCCAAUGCCGCCAACGGCUGGCCAAAAGGUAGCUCCAGCUCCAACAGUAAUACCUACAUGGAAUACUCAGGACUUGGGCUUGCGACUCGGUGUUGAUGUUGUCAGUGCGGCUUCGGCCGGCGCGCUGACAUGUCCGCUGAUCACGAUCAUUGAUCGUGCCAUCAUCGAAAAGGCGUCCAAAGGCUUCCCAAUCCGCGAAACAAUCACCAACUGUCUCAAGUCCAUGAUCGCCAAACCAAGCGGCUUCUUCUUCAGCACACCCUUCCUCCUCAUCUACACACUGUACACCUCAACAUAUCUUACAGCAAAUGCAAUUGAUACUGUCACAUCUACCCUCCGAAAUCAAAAUUAUUCCAACGUGACCGCAGGCCCGGCCAAGUUCAUCUCCACAACAGCCGUCAACAUGGCCAUCUGCGUAUACAAAGACGCGCGCUUCGCAAAAAUUUUCGGCGCCUCGCCUCCCCCAGCGCAAGCCGGAACACAAUCACAAAGACACUCUACCGCUUCAAUCCCACGCCCAUCAGUCUGUCAUCCAAUUCCCUCACAAGCCGCUGCCGCACCUACCAUUCCCAAGCUUUCAUACUCCCUCUUCUGUCUCCGCGAUAGCGUCACGAUCUUCGCCUCCUUCAACGUGCCCCCGCUAAUCGCACCUUCAAUACCGGACUUCAUCGCAUCAACACCUAGCAUGAAGGCCGCUACGGCGCAGUUCGCUUGCCCGGCUCUAAUGCAAUUCUUCAGCACGCCCAUGCACCUGCUCGGUCUGGAUCUGUACAACAGGCAACCGCCAGGCGGUUUGUCGUGGACGGAUCGCGUGGCUCGGAUCCGGAGAGACUAUAUCUCUAGCAGUUUCGCGCGCAUGGGCAAGAUUGUGCCUGCGUAUGGUGUUGGUGGUGUUGUCAAUGUUCGGAUGAGAGCUACUCUGAUGGAGCGGCUUGAGAAGAAGGCCGAGUAA